AGUGGUUAUACAAUGAUGGCAGUCUCAAGGAGCCUCUCCUUUGUAUUUAGUAAAUUGCUUUGAGAAACAUGCUUCUUGAGUCUAUAUUCCUGGGGCAGUGCAUUUGAAGAUGGAAGGGCAAAAGAAAUGCCUAAAUGGGCAGGCAGCACAGGAUCCAGGCAAAAUCUGGUUGAGAGGAAAUCUGUUCCCGUGAUUAGUGAGCUUCCCCAGCCAGCCUGUAGGUGGGUGUGUUUAACAGGAGGAAGCAGUGGGGACCAGCCUGUCAGCCAGCCUUUCAGGCUAAUUAGCUCAGAAUACAACAAAGAUAAGUAAGCCUGAGAGGAGGGCCCUGAGGGUCUUUAGAUUCUGGGAAAUGUCUGAUUGGCAGAUGUUAAAAGGGAUUCUUUGGUAAUCCAGUGCAUCAAUGAACUGCACAAAUUCAGUCCAGAGCUGCAAGAAUUCAGGCAUGAGGACACUGUGCAGGAGGCUUGCACAGGCAGACUCGAGAUGGACAGAACCUUGGAAUCUCUAAGGCACAUCAUUGCCCAAACCUUGCCUCACAGAGACCCAGCUUUGGUCUUCAAAGACUUGAAUGUUGUGUCAAUAUUACAGGAAUUUUGGGAAAGUAAGCAGCAGCAGAGAGCCACGUUUUCCAGUGAAGGCCUGGUGGUCUAUGAGUCAAUGCCCUCCUCUGGGCCUCCCUUUGUGAGCUACGUGACUCUCCCUGGAGGGAGCUGCUUUGGCAACUUUCAGUGCUGCUUAAGUAGAGCAGAGGCCAGGCGGGAUGCAGCUAAAGUGGCCCUCAUCAACUCUCUCUUCAACGAGCUGCCCUCCCGAAGGAUCACCAAAGAGUUCAUCAUGGAGAGUGUUCAGGAAGCAGUAGCCUCUACCAGUGGCACUUUAGAUGAUGCGGAUGAUCCCAGCACAAGUGUUGGAGCCUAUCACUACAUGUUGGAGUCAAACAUGGGGAAGACUAUGCUGGAGUUUCAGGAACUGAUGACCAUUUUCCAACUAUUGCAUUGGAAUGGAAGCCUGAAAGCCCUCCGUGAAACAAAGUGCUCUCGACAGGAAGUCAUCUCCUAUUAUUCCCAAUAUUCUUUAGACGAAAAGAUGCGCAGCCACAUGGCCCUGGACUGGAUCAUGAAGGAGCGUGAGUCACCAGGAAUUCUCUCUCAAGAGCUACGUGCAGCCCUGGGGCAGCUGGAGGAAGCAAGGAAGGCAGGACAAGAACUACGGUUUUACAAAGAAAAGAAAGAAAUCCUGAGUUUGGCCCUGACUCAGAUCUAUAGUGACCCUGACCCUUCCUCACCCAGUGAUGACCAGCUGAGCCUCACGGCUCUGUGUGGCUAUCAUUAGCAAGACCAGGUCUCAGGUUUCCUGAGGACUUUCACAUCAGGAAUCUCAUUGAUAGAGGUUGUCAGAGACUUUAGCAUGAUAGUCACUACCUGACGGAUGUACUGCUCCCUACUCAUUCUGUUCACAGAAUGGGGAGGUAGGACUGGUCCAGACCCCAACUUCCUACUCCAUGUUUGUUUUCAACCAUGCCCUUAGUGGUUCUACUUCAGAAUGAAAGAAUGAUAAUAGAACUGCUCGGACAGUGUUAUUCAGGGUUUGAUCCAAUCUAAAGCCUAGUUGACAUGUGCCUUGUUUCACACAUAGGUCCAGUACAGAAGCUUCCAAGAAAACAGCAGCAGGACUAGGGAAGGCGGCAUGCUAACAUGUAUCCCUGGCUGUCCUGGAACUCACUCUGUAGGCCAGGCUAGCCUUGGACUCAGAGAUCUGCCUGCCUCUGCCUCCUGAGUAAUUUAAAGACAUGUGCCACCACCACCUAGCUGAUAACAACUUUUAAAAUACAUAAGAUUAAAUAAAUAGUACAAAUUAUUUGAAAAAAUGUACAACAGUCAGCAUAUUCUUGAGCACUCCUGAAAAUUAUUAUGUUCUCAUCAUUGUAAAAUUAGUUUUAAUAACAAAAUGAUCACAUAUCAUAUUUCUUAGACAAGAAGAAAUUAAGCUACAUAACUGCUCUAUUCCAAUAUCCUCAGAAGGUAAUUGUAUGUAAUGUUAGAUAGAUUUCAUCUUAAAAUGUUAUUUUAACAAAAAUAACAUCACUGCCCAUAAUGAGGCUAAAUGUCAUCUAGAAGAGAAGGAAUUGGAAUUUUAUUUGUUUGUUGAAUAAAUUUUUAAGUAAAAGAAA